GGCGUUCCGGGCUGAGGACAGUGGGCGACCUUGAAAGCUCAGUGUCCCACGGUGUCAUUGUAGCCUUCGCUCAGGGCCUCUCCAGGCCAAGGGCGGUCGUUUGACCAGCAGCAUCGCCCCCCCAACCCAGCUUGUUAGAAAUGCAGAUUGUCAGGUCCCAUCCUUGACCUCCGGGUCGCUGUGCCUGUCUCUUAACAAGACCUGCGAAUGAUCUGUGUGCAGUGUAAAGUUUAAGGAGCACCAGGGCGGGGGGAGAAGCGUGAGAUUCGGAGUAGGAGAUUUGGGUUUGGGUCCUGGCUUCUCUCCUCGUUUCAUCUCAGAAAAUUGUGAGGUCAUUUUCUCAAAGUUAAAUCAUUCGUGUACCAUCUUCAGGAUCUUUGCCUUAUAGCAAUACCACUUGUGCUUUUAAUUACUAAAUGUGUUUUUUCUAUAGCUGUGUUCCAUUUUUAAAUAAUGUCACGGAAACUAAAUCCUGAGGGUAAACGGAAAACCAGUAUCGCCUGCCCAAAAUAGAGUAAUAGAAAAUACGCUGAAAACAAAAAGCUUAUGGAAGAAGAAUCGGUGUCAGAUUUUGCAGUUCAAGAAUGACCUUAGACAAUAUCAACUGGGCAGCUGUGGAUCGAAUAAUCCGGGUGGAUCAUGCAGGUGAAUAUGGAGCCAACCGCAUCUACGCAGGGCAGAUGGCCGUCCUGGGCCGGACAAGCGUCGGGCCGGUCAUUCAGAAAAUGUGGGAUCAAGAAAAGGACCACUUGAAAAAGUUCAGUGAGUUGAUGGUUACGUUCAGGGUGCGGCCGACGAUUCUGAUGCCCUUUUGGAACGUGGUGGGGUUCGCACUGGGCGCGGGCACCGCGCUGCUCGGGAAGGAGGGCGCGAUGGCCUGCACGGUGGCUGUGGAAGAGUCCAUCGCACAUCACUACAACAACCAGAUCAGGACGCUGAUGGAGGAGGACCCCGAAAAGUACAAGGAACUCCUGCAGGUGAUAAAGAAAUUCCGGGAUGAAGAGCUUGAGCACCACGACACAGGCCUCGAACAUGACGCGGAACUGGCUCCAGCAUAUGCCGUUCUCAAGAGCAUUAUCCAGGUCGGAUGCAGAGUGGCGAUAUAUUUAUCAGAAAGAUACUGAAGAUCACUCUCUGGGGGAAGCCAGUGCCACGUGGUGAGGACACGCAAGUAGUUAAUCUCUGGAGAGGGUCUCAUGGCCAAGAACUGAGGCCUCCUGCCAACAGCCAUGUUUGUGUGGCCUCUCGGAGGUGAAGCCUUCAGCCCCGACAAGCCUUCAGAUGACAGCAGCCUCAGGAGAAACCCGGAGCCAGAGUCACCCAGCGAAGUCACGCCUGCAUUCCUGACCCUCAGCAGCCACAUUAGAUAAUAAACGUUUGCUGUUUGCAGCC